AUGUCUUCUGGUUUGACCGAAGGCGUAAUGGCCACUCAGACGGAGGACCUGGCCAAAAUCACUCUUGCCGCUGUCGCCGUGGACUCCUCGGCGGACAAGGAUGACAAGAAGGACAAGAAGGCAGAAGAGGCCAAAAAGGAUGUUCCUCCGCUCUCUGCGCCAGGAUGGAAGCUUGUACCUCUUGAGGAGGACAGAGACAACAUGGAGGCAAUGUGGGGCUUGGUGCUCCCACCGCGACACUGCAAGGAAGAGGGUGUUGGGCACUACCGCAAGAAAUGGGAAAUCCGGGAAGUCAAAGACUCGCGCCGGGGCUGCCGGAGCGAGCUCAACCAUGCGGAUUACAUCGAAUUUGUCCUCGACCCGCGGUUUGACACGCUGAUGCGUGAUCGUGAUAUUUUCCCGACACCCGAACUGGUCCACGAAGCUCGGUCAGCAGUUGUGCUGAAGUGUGAGACGGGCGUCAACCUCACCGGGGAGAACGAGUUGAUUCGCGUCACUGCGAUUGAUUAUUACAGUGGCGAAAUCUUGAUCGACGCCCUGGUGUGGCCUGAGCAGCCCAUGCUCCACUUCAACCCUCGGUUCUCGGGGAUUCAGCCUAAGAACAUGGAGGAAGAGCACAACGAAAGAAAGACCCUUCUUGGACGCGAAGGAGCACGAGAGGCACUUUGGAGGUUCGUUGGACCACAGACAUACCUGAUCAUGCACCAGGGCCAUAUCGAUAUGGGCCACCUCAGGUGGUACCAUGAUCGAAUGGUGGAUACCUGGGAGCUGCAGAAGCUAAUGUUGGGGGGUAGAGAGCCCCAAGAGUUCAAGAGCCUGGUAAAACGUCUCACUGGUCGACAGCUGCCGUACAAUCGAGGUUACUCUGCUACUUUGCAAGAGGUCAUGGCUACUCGUAACCUCUUGCACUGGCACGCUAAGAACCUUCCGAAGGAUCUAUGGACAACUUGGAGGAUCUUUUCUGCAGAAGAGUGCCAUUGGGCCAUGACUUAUGACGUUCUGCCUGGAGAUGCACAGAUGGAGGUCUGGUGGGAGAUUCUUCGAGCAAUGAGAAUCUUUGACGACUAA